GACGCAACCUAUUUAAGACAAUCACAUGAUUUCACUGGGAGUCAAACUGGUCCGCGGGGGUCACUGGGUGGAGAGAGAGAGAGCGGGAGAGAGAGCGCGUGGGUUAAAGAGAGGGGGAGACGGAAACUUCGGAUACUGGUCGGACCGUGUGAGUGCAACGGAAGAAAAUGACUUGCCGGGAGAGGAAACUUUAGCCGCGUCGGAAUUCUGCGCUUAGAAAAUGAGCGGAGACCAAAGUGGCGCAAAAGUGUGAAGAAGUUUGCGCCUGACGCGCAUUGAUGCCUCGUUCAGCGCGAGUUCUGCAGAGCUGCUUCGGCUGCAUUUGGACUUAUUUAUUUCAUCCAUUGAACCCAUUGCCGCUGCUUGCAAGUGGUGGAACUUUUAAGCAUCUGGAGGUGUUUUUUUUGCGUCAAGGUGACCCGCGUUUGCAGGGAUGGCUUUCCGACGCGUUUCUGCAGAGUGGGGAACCUCGACGCGGCUCGUUUUUCACCUCUUUUGCUUUUUCACGCUGAGCCAAAGCGUGCUUUGGAAUAAUGGUGCCGACGGUGCGGGAUCUCACCAGGAAGCAUCGGCCCUGCUCAGGUCGCUCAAUUUACCGCAACAUACAGAAUAUGAGCUUGUAUCUCCCUAUGAGGUCAACCCCCGGGGCGUACACAUCUCCUAUGAAGUCGCUCACAACCAGCGCAGACGGCGACGCAGAUCGUUGGCCCAAGAUGCCGCCGGCUCACCAACAAACGACGCCGGCAGCAAAACGAUCCACUUCCGACUGAGCGGCUUAGGGCAGGACUUCCACAUGGAGCUGAGGGAGGCCUCAGAGAGCCUGAUUGCACCUGGCUUCACCAUCCAGGUCCUGGGAAAGAACGGCACAAAGAGCCUGAGGGCCUACCAUCAGGACGACCUCUGCUUUUACCAGGGGUCGCUGAGGUCAGAUGUCAACUCCUCGGUGGCAUUGUCAACAUGCGCAGGGAUGUCAGGUUUGAUCAGAACACAGGAUGCAGACUAUUUCCUGAGACCCGUGUCCCAUCGCCUGGCCCGGAGAGAGAACUUCACAGCACCCUCCGACCACCAGCCACACAUCCUCUACAAGAGCGACAGGGAGCCCCGCGCAGAGCGGAGAGGUCACGGCCCCCGGGUGCUUCAGAAGAGAUCCCCGGAUUCAAGUCCCCGCAAAUCACACGGCCACUUUGUCGCCAAGAGAUCGGCGAACUCGGCGGCCGACCCUCGCGCCCACCCCGCCGUUCAGGGAGAGCGAAAAGGUGACAUCAGCCGCGGUGACCAGCCGGAGCGUCAUGGCCGCGGUCAUCGUCGCACCAGGCGUCGGCUCGACGGCGACCGCACACACGGAGAGAAGCAGAGGCAACACUUCUGCGGGAGACGGAAGAAAUACAUGCCAAAACCGCCGGAAGAAGAUGCCUUCAUCCUUCCGGACGAGUACGAGAUCAACCUGAGGAACAAAAGAGCGGUGCAGAACCAGGCCAAUCAGAAGCUCAAUGUGGAGACGCUGGUGGUGGUGGACAGGAAGAUGAUGGAAAACCACGGUCACGAGAACAUCACCACUUAUGUUCUUACCGUGCUUAAUAUGGUCUCCAGUCUCUUCAAAGACGGCACAAUAGGGGGGAACAUCAACAUAGUGAUUGUUGGCCUUGUGCUUCUGGAUGAAGAUCAGGACGGCCUGGUGAUCAACCACCAUGCAGAUCACACGCUGAACAGCUUCUGCCACUGGCAGUCCACUCUGGGCGGCAGACAGGGCAGACACCACGACCACGCCAUCCUGCUCACAGGACUCGACAUCUGCUCCUGGAAGAAUGAACCCUGUGACACUCUUGGUUUUGCUCCAAUUAGUGGGAUGUGCAGCAAGUACCGGAGCUGUACCGUUAAUGAGGACACGGGCCUGGGUCUGGCCUUCACUAUUGCCCAUGAAUCCGGACACAAUUUUGGAAUGGUCCACGAUGGUGAAGGAAACGUUUGUAAGAAGUCAGAAGGCAACAUCAUGUCUCCCACAUUAGCGGGUCACAAUGGUAUCUUCUCCUGGUCUGACUGCAGCCGCCAGUAUCUCAGCCGCUUUCUCAAUUCUGCCCAAGCUGUGUGCUUAUCAGAUGAACCCCGAGCCGUCAAGGAGUAUCGGUACCCCGAGAAGCUGCCUGGCGAGCUGUACGAUGCAGACACACAGUGUAAAUGGCAAUUUGGGGAGAAGGCCAAGCUCUGCACCCUGGACUUUAAGAAGGAUAUCUGCAAAGCUCUGUGGUGCCACCGCGUUGGGAGGAAGUGUGAGACCAAGUUCAUGCCAGCGGCCGAAGGCUCAGCCUGCGGCCCUGAUAUGUGGUGCCGCAGGGGCCAGUGUGUGAAGCAGGGGGACGAGGGCCCGACGCCUCAGCAUGGCCAGUGGUCAGAGUGGUCGCCCUUGUCUGCUUGCUCGCGCAGCUGUGAGAGCGGAGUCACCUAUCGAGAGCGCCAGUGCAACAACCCGAGACCUGCUUAUGGGGGGAAGUUCUGUGAGGGCACCUCCAGGUCAUACAAACUAUGUAACACUGAGGAUUGUCCCCCGAACGCCGCUGACUACAGAGCGCAGCAGUGUGCCGAGUUCAAUGGCAAACAGUUCAGAGGAUGGUACUACAGCUGGAGGCCGUACACCCGCGUGGACGAUCAAGAUGUAUGCAAGCUGUACUGCUUUGCUGAGGGCUACGAUUUCUUCUUUGCGCUGGCCAGCAAAGUUAAGGAUGGCACACUCUGCUCACAGGACAGCUCUAAUGUCUGUAUUGACGGGCUGUGUGAGAAAGUGGGCUGUGACCGUGUGCUGGGCUCCACGGCUGUGCCUGAUGCUUGCGGGGUCUGUAGUGGAGACAACUCCACCUGCAAGAUCUACAAAGGACAGUUCACCAAGCAGUAUCAUACCAACCAGUACUACGGGGUGUUAACAAUCCCGGCAGGAGCCCGGAGCAUCCGGGUGAUGGAACUGAACACGUCCAGCUCCUACCUGGCUGUCAGGGACACCCAGCGGCGCUACUACCUGAACGGGCACUGGACGGUGGACUGGCCCGGCCGACACCCCAUCGCUGGCGCUAUUUUUGAGUAUAAGAGGCCAUACAACAGACCAGAGAGCCUAAUGUCAACUGGCCCCACUAACGAGACACUAGUCGUCGAGAUAUUGUUGCAGGGCAGGAACCCGGGUGUACGUUGGGAAUACACUCUGAAGAAAGCUGAUGAGAAAAAGAGCCACGUCAAACACAACUACACGUGGGCGAUCAUACGGUCCCAAUGCUCGGCUACCUGUGCCGGAGGUCAGAUGAACACCAAGUCAGCAUGCUACAAAGACUUGAGAGUUCAAGUGAAUACAUCCUACUGCAAUCCCCGGUCGAGACCGGCCACUGGACUGAUGCCCUGCAACACCCAACCAUGUCCUGCCAGCUGGUCCGUAGCAGAGUGGGGCGGCUGCAGUCGUAGCUGCGGAGGAGGCGAGCAGAUGCGGCUGGUCCGGUGCGAGCAGAGAAGCGGCCCGACCGGCGCAGACGCCCUGGCCGACGCUCGCUGCGCGCAGCCCACUCCGGCUCGGAGGCAGGCCUGCAACACGCGCAGCUGCCCGCCGGUCUGGACCGCCGGACCGUGGUCACAGUGUUCUCGUAAGUGUGGCAGCGGCUUGAGGAAGAGGACGGUGCUUUGCACGAACACCAACCCGGGGGUCCGGACGCCCACGCUGACAGACACACUGUGCGCUGGCCUGUCGAAACCCACCAGUCAAGAAUCCUGUUUCAUCAAACGCUGCCAGAAACAACGCAAAGUCCAAUGGUUUGUCUCCACCUGGCAAGAGUGUUCGGCAACGUGUGGCCGUGGCAAUCAGGCGCGCUUCAUCAAGUGUGCAGAGAAGGACACGGCAGGAAAGUACAGAGAGCUCGCUGCCAAGAAGUGCCACCACGUCCCCAAGCCCUCAGUCGAGCUCCACAGGCUCUGCAUCCAGGCCGAGUGCCCCAUCCAAACCACGCCAGCGGCCCACCGAUGGAGCAUGCAUCACCUCACCCGUCCACCUCAACCUCCGCCUCAAGCCGGCUGGCAGUCGUCCCCUUGGUCUCAGUGCACAGUGACAUGUGGAGGAGGGGUGCAGGUCAGGACAGCCCAAUGUCUGGUCCAAGGGAAGCCCUCUCCUGCCUGUGGCCUCCAUCUUAAACCCUCAAUGUCGCAGGCCUGCAACACAAACUUCUGCCAGCAACCGGAGAAGAAAGACCUUGCAUGUAGGGAUUACUUCAACUGGUGUUACCUGGUGCCCCAGCACGGAGUCUGCAACCACAAGUUCUAUGGAAAGCAGUGCUGUCAAUCAUGUUCAAAUUCAAACCUAUAAUCGCACAGCGGGACCCUGUCUGUGACGCAGACAGGUAGACAGAAGACUUGUGUUUGACACCCAUGCUUGAAGAGACUGACUGGUUUGACCGUGAAAACAAAUGACACUUCAAAGGAAGUGCAAGAGCGUUGGCCUCUCUUCUCUCUGUGAUGCCGGACAUCUGAAUACAAGAACUCCAUCCAAGCCGCAGGAAAGCGAUCGGAAUGGUGCAUAUGAAAUGAGAUCAUUAUGAGGAGGAACUAGCAAAAUGGGACUCUUGAUUGAACCACAGGCCUGACAUAUCCAAAAGAUAUUUGAAAAAUUCCCCCGCUUUGUUUAUAUACUGUAUGUAAUUGCAAAGAUCUGUGCCCGGGACACCCAACGUCUCGCGGUCAACCACAAACCAGUGGUGGCAGGCCAACAAUGAAAAAAACACUUGACAAGGUUUCAGACACUGCCAUGCAAUAAACAUGUGCGGGUCUUGCAUCGCAAUUCUUGAUCAAUAGAGGAUCUGAAAAGGGAUAUUUCAAAGAUGCAAGGGAGAAAACAUCAUUUUACUCCACAGCGGGAUAAAAAAACAGAAUAAUUAUCCGAGUGGGCUUUUCUCGAUAGCUGGACAACAGGAAUAAGCUUUGUGUUGUCAUAUUAAAGAAAAAGAAACAAGCAAAAUGAAAUGCGUCAUACACACGUACACACGUGAGAGCUAUUCUGAGAUGGGUCAUGGCUGUUUGAAGGGACUUUCAUACUCAGCGGUGCUACAACAUUGUCUUCAAUGUGAAAUCCUCAAGUUUCAGGAAAGAACACAUGAUUUGUGUGACCCAUGUACAGUAUUGUUCGUUUUUAUUUAUUGGCUUUACAAUACAGCGUUGCUGGAAGACUGUAUUAAUAAGCAGUAUAAAUGUGUCAUUUUAUUACUCUUCCCUAAACCUUCAUAUUUUGUACUGGAUUUCAUAGGAUUUCAUGUUGACAAACUGCACUUUUUUGUAUUAAAAAAAUAUUUACUAUAUUUUUGAGACAUCAAAAGCCCAAUUCAGUAAUGUCAACAUUGAUUGGUGAUUAUUUACAUCAGCUACUGGGUUAAAAUCUGUAUUGAUGACUAAAGGUAUGAAAAGAGGCUCCAUUGAUCAACUACAGAAUCCUACAUAAUCACACAAGUCCUGUACUGCAUGAAUUGACAUGGCAAGACAACAAAUGAUGUAUUGCUCUUGUCAUGGAUACAAGCACUAUUAGACAGGUGAUUUUCACAAUGUAAAGGAAAUAACAAUAAACAAAUGCAAGUCAUGUCAGCAUCUCAA